AAAAAUUAUUGUAAUAUUGUACAUUCUUUUUCACUUAGUCUUUGAAAGCCGGUGUGUAUUUUAUAUUUAGAACCCAUAUUAGUUUGGACCAGCCACACAUUUCAAGUGCUCAGUGGCAGGCAGCCCUAGAAUUUUCUGUGUCUGUAAUGGCUGAAUGAUGCUGCCCUCCCCCCUCAAAUAAGUUGGGAGGCCCUUAGGGUAAGGAAUCCUGAGGAAUAUGCUCCUCAAAGUAAGGACCAGUAGGCCCUGCAUGGGGGUGAGUGGGUAAUGACCCUGAGUAGCAGGGCUACUUUUGAACCCAGACCAUCUCUACCUCGAAACUCAGCAGAAAAGAAACCAGAUAGUAUUGGGAAGUGCUUCCUUAACGCUUGAACUUUACAGGAAAAGACGAUGCAUGAUUGCAGAUGGACCCUGCUGCCACCCCCACCCUGUGCUGGCUGUAUGGAACAGUCCCCACAGCAGGUCUGCUCACCUCUGCUUCUCUCUCCAAACAGACCCGAUUUCCACUCACUUCCCAUGGCCAGCCAGUCCAGAUCUCCCUCCAGCCAGCCACGAAAGGACAGCACUGUCUCAGUGCCAGAACCAUCUACACCUUCAGCGACACUAAAUACAGCGAGUUCUCCAAGCCCACCUGCCUGACUCUGGAGGCCUCAAGAGUUAACUGGGCAUUCCUGGCGCUGCUACCACUUCUGCUGCCACUGCUGUUGGUUAGUGCUACAGGCCGUGUAAUCUGGAAGAGCUUCACAGGGAACCCCUGGUUUCAGCGGACAAAGAUGCCAUGGGCCCUGGACUUUUCUGGACACAAACGUCCCGUGGCAACCUUUGAGCCCAGUGGCCCAGAGUCGCUGGAUGACUUGACCCUCUGUCCUCAAAAGGAGGUGACCAGAAGGGUCAGGCUGACCCCUAGAGUCAGGGCCCCAGCCACCAUCCAGGCAGAAUCCGAGGACAGUGCUGAGGAAGAUGUCGACACAGACAACACCAUCAGCUUCCAGCCCUACAUCAAACCCUCCCGCUUCCUGGAGCAGGAGCACCAGACCCUGGAGCACUCUGAGGCAGGGGUCCAGGUCAUAGGCUCCCCUGCCUGGGACUCUUCAGACAGAAGCUGGGCUAGCACUGUGAGCUCCUCCACCUGGGAGGAGGCCGGGUCCUCUGGCUAUUUGGUCAAGAAGGGGCCAGGCCAAGGGCUGAGUAGGGACGAGUGUGAGGAGCCUCCCCUAGUCCCCGAAUUCUCCAAGGACUUGGGUUCCCUGGAAGAGCCCCCAAAAGACGACCUCUCCUCCUGGGCCAGCUGGGGCUCCUUAGCACCAAGGCCCCUAGUUUCCCUUCGGACACUGACCUUCUGGGACAGCAGCCCUGACGAGGAGGAGGAGGAGGAGGAGGAAGAAGAGGAGGAAGAAGAGGGUGAGAGGGAAUCAGAAAUUGAGGACAGCAGUACCAGCAGCUGCGGGGCUGACAGCCUCCAGAGGACCGAGGCCGGGGGUAGGACACUGGGGCAUUAUAUGGCCAGGUGAGCUGUCCUCCGGCUUCCUGCCGAAUCUGGUGCUACUGAGCUUCUCACGGACCCAAGACACCACUGAGACUUGAAAACCUGGAGCUUCGUCACUGGGGUGGCAGAGGGCUCUUGCAGCUAAUGGAGGCUGUGUGUCAGUUAGGUUGAGCAGUAAGAAGCCACACCAUCCUAUGACCCACCAGCUUUGGGCUGGGCUCAAAGGACUAGACAAAAGGAUGGGCUGCCCACUGUCCCACUGUCCCUGGGUGACAGGCCAGGUAGAAAAAGCAUCCCUGGACCACAUGAAACAGGUGAGGUCAGAUCGUAGUGGCCAUCAAGGGUUGACACCACAUUGGGGCCAUCUGGACUGAGGGGAGGAAGUUUGGAGGAACAGCUGAAUCAGUUUCCUGCCUUUCUCCA